AAACGAUUGGUUGCUUUUGCCGCUAUUCAAACACAAUAAGGAAGAGUACAAGGAAGUAAAACACUGGAUGCUAUAUUGAAGAAUAGACAUGUUUGAAGGGAACCGCUAAGAAUUUAUACUGCUUUCGUUGAUUACCAGGAUGUCAUCCAGUGAGAGGGACGAGACCAAUGAUACCCAAGCAGUGCCUUCCCAAACAGCAGCUGAGCCUAACAGCAGGACAGAGUGCAACAAUGACAAGUACCAGAACAAAGCCAUCACAGAAGAUCCACCUCAGCCUAGUGAUGACACCAGAGCUAAAAACCUGGCUCUGCUCAAGGCCUACUCCAUGGAUGUGAAGUUUGAGGUUGGGGAAGAGUAUGAUAUUAUCGAGACCAUUGGCACAGGUGCUUAUGGGGUGGUCUCAUCUGCACGGAGACGAGACAAUGGCCAGCAGGUUGCAAUAAAGAAGAUCCCCAAUGCCUUUGAGGUUGUGACGAAUGCCAAACGUACACUCAGAGAGCUGAAGAUACUGAAGCACUUCAAACAUGACAACAUCAUCGCCAUUAAAGAUAUUCUUCAGCCUGCGAUUCCCCACUCUGCUUUCAAAUCAGUUUAUGUGGUUCUGGAUCUCAUGGAGAGUGACCUUCAUCAAAUUAUUCACUCCCGCCAACCCUUGACCCCAGAACACACACGCUAUUUCCUUUAUCAGUUGUUAAGGGGCCUGAAAUAUAUUCAUUCAGCCAAUGUUAUUCACCGCGAUCUUAAGCCAUCAAAUCUUCUGGUCAAUGAAAACUGUGAGCUGAAGAUCGGAGACUUUGGCAUGGCUCGUGGAUUAAGCGCAUCCCACUCGGAAGAAUCGCGUUCAUUUAUGACAGAGUACGUGGCCACCCGCUGGUAUCGUGCUCCUGAACUCAUGCUGUCUCUUCACCACUACAGUUCGGCCAUCGACCUCUGGUCUGUAGGCUGCAUUUUUGGCGAGAUGCUUGGCAGGAGACACAUGUUUCCAGGUAAAAACUAUGUGCAUCAACUGCAGUUGAUUCUUUCUGUUUUGGGAACGCCUCCGGAGAGUAUAAUAGGGACGAUAGGAUCUGACCGGGUACGGUCAUAUGUGCGGAGCCUCCCUUCAAAAACACCAGAAUCCUUUGCUAUACUGUACCCACAGGCCGAGCCUUCUGCAUUGGACUUGUUGGGUGCCAUGCUUCGCUUUGACCCUCGUGAGAGGAUCAGCGCAUGUCAGGCCCUAGAACACCCCUACCUCGCCAAGUACCAUGACUCAGAUGAUGAACCUGUGUGUGUGCCUGCUUUUGACUUUGAGUUUGACCGGCAGACUUUGAGCAGAGAACAAAUUAAAGAGGCUAUACUGGCAGAAAUCCAAGACUAUCAUAAGAAAAAACAGGGAGUCAGAAAGAAGAUCCAAUUCAAGCCAUUGCAUAAUUCUGUUCCAGCAGUGGGUGGCAUCUCCAAUAACAUUCAACAGUCGCAGCAUUUGGCAGAUACUGCACAGACUCAACUCAAGUCAAAUCUCAACUUCAAGCCUACAGCAGUUCCUUCAUUUUGUAAUCGAGUAAGAUCCCAAGCCCCACACCAUCUCGCUCAGAUGUUGCCAUCCUUAACCCAGUCAAUAAACUGUUUGGAUGUGGACAUGCUCAGUGCAAACUCUGACGGACAACCAGAAACUAUUGAUCUGACAACACCCACCUCAAAUCAGUGCACACCUUUUACAGAACCAGUGACAGGCUGCUUGAAGAAAGAGCUCGUCUCUUCAAACCAUACUUCUCCAAAGCAGAUGGCUCAGUCCCAAUUCAUCUCUAAAACUCAGUCUGGUCCUUCGCUUUCUCUAACACCUUCCCAGGCUCAGUCACUCUCUCAAACUCUCUCUCGUGUGCUUGAGAAAGGAGAAAAAGCAACAAAUGAAGUUACAAAAAAGGAUGGAGCAAUUUCUGAAGACACAAAGGCAGCUCUCAAAGCCGUCUUGCUCAAAUCAGCUCUUAGGCAAAAGGCACGAGAUGGAGUGUCCGCAGUGGUUGGUGUAGAUCUAGUUAGAGGAGCUGUUGGAGGUUCGUCUUCCUCCAUUCCUUCCACCUACAACUCUGUUCCAGAGCAGAAAAAGCCAAUCACUGCCCAGGAGAGACAAAGAGAACGGGAAGAAAAGCGAAGAAGGAGACAGGAGCGUGCAAUGGAGAAAAAGAGGAAGCUGAAAGAGAAGGAGAAAAAAGAGGGAAAACAAGGCGAAUCUUUGGGUGGGGUUGUACUCAGUGACAAUGACAAAAAGUUAUUAGAGCGCUGGGGACGAAUGAUGGACCACCGAGUAGAAAAAUCACAAAUAUCUGAAACCAGUAGUGCCAACAUCAGUCAGAAUAAGACUGCCUCCUGCGAAAUCCAGCCAGCGAUGGGGAAAAACCUCCCAACAGUUAACUCAGACGGGGGAGAAUCGGUACCUUGGAUACAACCAAAUAAAGAGCAGAUUUUCAAGCAACCCCAAAUACUGCCUCAGAUGGGACAGUGUGUGAAAGCUGGAGUGUUCCAUCAACCUGCUAUCAAUAAUGCGGUCUCUUUAGGCCCAGAUAACAAUAGUGACUUGAGAAUUGCUGGUGGUGUGGUUGGGGUUGGAGUAAAUGUCUUUAGUGGAGGGGGCUUAGGUGUGGUAACCACUCCAUGUGCCUUUCCCAAAAAUGACAUGCUAAAAACUCACACACAGUUUCUGAGUGUUGGAACAAUGUUUACUGGACUGAACUGGAGAGGAACCCAGCCAAGUAUGGGCACAUCUCAGAACCUGCAACAAAAACCACAUCAACCCCAGGAAACUCACCAACCUCCUCUAGAACUCAAUAACAUCACUCGCACAAGCUUUGCUCCGCAAACACAGACACAUUCUCAAACAAAUUCUCAGUCUCAGCCUGUCACACACAUCCAAUCACAGUCGAGCCCUCACCUCCAGUUGUUCCAGAUGGAAACCAUCAUUGCUAAACAUUUAAACUCUAAUGGUGCUGCCGGCAUUGGGGUCUCAGACACCAGCAAAUCUCUCAACAAUCAAGACACUAUCUGUAGAACUCAAGCCCUUGACAAACUUUGCAGUAUAGGGGAACAGCAAAAUGGCACUCAUUUACAGGGCCCUUCGAAGAUCCCUCCAGGAGCUGCAGCUCAACCCUGCCUUGGCCUCACUGACACUGGACAGCCAACAAACAGUAUCCCUGAUAUCCAUACUGUUACACAGCAGCUCUCAAAAUCACAGGUUGAGGAUAUUUUGCCCCCAAUUUUUUCAGUAACCCCUAAAGGCAGUGGAGCAGGAUAUGGUGUUGGCUUUGACCUUGAUGACCUCCUUACCCAGUCUCUUACUGAGCUGCAGCACUCUGACCUCAGAGAAAGUCACAACGAUAUGACACCCCUCUCUGCAUCCCUGCUUUCUGAUUGGCUGGAGGUACACAGCAUGACACCUGCUGACAUGGAGUCACUUCAGCAAGAACUCCAGCUUGGAUCUCCCAUGAUCCUCUCAGACAAUUCAACACUUCCUGAUACCUGAUCAUUUCUUUUAUGUGUGUUCUCUAAACUGUGAAGGAAAGUUCACAGAAAGUUCACAAAGGUUUAUAUCAAUGUAACAGGCAUAGCAGAGUUGGUAAAGUAGUAACUCUCCAAAAUUAAGGCACCUAGAAUCUAAACUAUCAAAGUGCCUUUAAUAAAGUCACAUACACUAUUUGUGCCAACACAGUAUCGUGCAUAUACUGCACAAUGCACUUUGAGAUAAUUCUGUUUUAAAAAAUGUAGUGCCAUUGCAAAGCAAUUAAACCAGUAAGGAGUUGAGUUGUAUUAGUGUUAACCUGAAUAACACUGGCAAGCUUUGUAAUUCCAUGACAUGCUCUAUUCAACUGAUUAAAAACAUCCUAGUUGGAAACAACGAAGUGGCACCUCUUUGGUGUGGAUUCUUAAUAAACUGCACUACAGUAGGAGUCAACACCAGGCCAGGGGCCUGUACUACCAUGAAUCCAGUUUAGUGGGAAAGCCAAGUAAGUUUAGGAUUAGUUUGUGCCAACCCUGGUUUUCAGGUACCACUGAAAGUAGCUCAAUUUUAAGCAGUAUUCAUCACCAUAGUAACUUGCGGUACAUGACUAAUCUGCAGGUUAUGUUCUGGAUCAAAGUUCACACAAGGAAAUUUAACUGUUGUGUAAUCAGCUGUGGUGUAUGAGUGACGCCACUAAAUCACAAUGUUCUUUCUUAAUCUGGUGUACUAUUGUAAAAUGGUACAUUUGUGGUACACAAUUGGUUCUCCGGUGCCAACCACACUCCUUUAUGGGCACCUGCUAUUAAAUUAUUCAUAGGUUUAAGAUCAAAGCUCGAGUUGAGGAAGAAACUUGAUAAUCAGCUUUGGCUUGGUUUUGGAAACUAGUCCUGUAACCCCAAAGUUUAACUACAUUUAUGGUACUGGCCCCAGCAGUAUUGAACAUAAUAUACAACUACAGUGCUUAGCACAGUGGCAUUAUUACUGAAGAUGCCUCACUGUAGAGUCAAAAUAUGUAUUAUUUGAUCUUGCAUGAAUGCCUUGUAAAAAAGUGAAAUUUUGCAUCAGCAAUAAAGAGUUGAACUGUG